CUGUCAAGUACUGUGCUAGGUGUUAGCUGUUCUAGGUGUCCACCUGAUAGCUUUCAGCAUGCUGAACUUCUCAGACAUCUCUUAUGCUGAAAGGGGAAUGGUGGCAACCAUAAACAGCAACAGGCUCAAGGACAAGGGCGUGGGCCAAUACCAAAAUGCCUACAACUAUAAGAAUCAGAACUUUGAGGACCUACGAGCAGCAUGUCUCAAGAUGGGGGAACUGUUCGAAGACCCCUUUUUUCCUGCUGAACCCCAGUCUAUAGGCUUCAAGGAGCUGGGCCCCAGGUCUCAAGAAGUGCAUAACGUCUACUGGCAGCGGCCCAAGGAUAUCUUACAUAACCCCCAAUUCAUUACGAAUGAUUUCUCUCCCACGGACAUCUGCCAAGGCAUCCUGGGAGACUGCUGGCUGCUGGCCGCCAUUGGCUCCCUUACCACGAGCCCCAAACUGCUGUUCCGUGUGGUGCCUAAAAGUCAGAGCUUCAAGAAAAACUAUGCUGGCAUCUUCCAUUUUCAGCUUUGGCAGUUCGGGCAUUGGUUGAACGUGGUGGUGGACGACCGGCUGCCCACUAAGAACAACAAAUUGGUGUUCGUGCACGCCUCCCAUCGGCAGGAGUUCUGGGGCGCCCUGCUGGAGAAGGCCUACGCCAAGCUGAAUGGAUCCUACGAAGCGCUGGGUGGAGGCAGCACUAUGGAGGGUUUGGAAGACUUCACAGGCGGCAUAGCUCAGUGCAUUCGGCUCCAGAAUCCCCCUCACAACCUGCUAAGGCUCCUCAGGAAAGCCUUGGAGAAGUCUUCCCUCAUGGGUUGCUCCAUCGAAGCCACCAACAGUGACGAUGUGGAAAAAAUGGCCCAUAAUAUGCUGGUGAAAGGUCACGCUUAUGCAGUCACCGGCCUACAAGAUGUUUACUACAGAGACAAGUUGGAAACGCUAAUUCGAAUCCAGAACCCCUGGGGCAGGAUUGAGUGGAAUGGAGCCUGGAGUGACAAAGCCAAGGAGUGGGAAGAGGUGAUGCCGGAAGUUCAGAUGCAGCUGCUGCACAAGAAGGAAGACGGGGAGUUCUGGAUGUCCUAUGAAGACUUCAUGAGCAACUUUACAUUGCUGGAGAUCUGCAACCUCACCCCGGACGCGCUCUCCUCCGGGGAUUACAAGAGCUGCUGGCACACAACCUUCUUUGAGGGCAGCUGGCGAAGGGGGAGCACUGCAGGGGGCUGCAGAAACUACCCCGAGACGUUCUGGAGCAACCCCCAGUUUAGGAUCUCUCUCCCAGAAUCGGAUGAUCCAGAGGAUAGCUCUGACAAAAGCGAAAUGGUUUGCACCUGUCUGUUGGCGCUGAUGCAGAAGAACUGGAGACAUGCUCGGGAGGGGCCCCAGCUGCUCACCAUAGGCUUCGUCGUCUUCUCGGUCCCAAAGGAGUUUCAGGACCUCCAGGACAUCCACCUGAAGAAAGACUUCUUUCUGAAAUAUCGGGACCAUGGCUUUUCAGAGAUCUUCACCAACACGAGGGAGGUGAACAGCCAUCUUCGGCUGCCCCCCGGGGAGUACGUCAUUAUCCCCUCCACCUUUGAGCCUCAUAAAGAUGCUGACUUCCUGCUUCGGGUCUUCACAGAGAAACACAGUGAGACCUGGUUGCUGGAUGACGUCAACAUGCUUGAGCAACUCCAAGAGGAGACCAUCACUGAUGCAGAUUUGGACCAGUAUUCUGUAGAGUUGUUUGGGACGUUGGCAAACAAGGACAGCCAAGUAAAUGUGUAUGACCUACAAAAACUUCUCAACAAGAUGUCAAGUAAAUUCAAGACCUUCAAGUCGAAGGGCUUUAGCUUGGAUGUCUGUCGCCGUAUGGUCAACCUCAUGGACAAAGAUGAUUCUGGAAAGCUGGGGAUUCAUGAGUUCCAUAUCCUAUGGAAAAAGAUCAAGAAAUGGAUGGAAAUCUUCAAAGAGUGUGAUCAAGACCGCUCAGGGAACUUGAACUCCUACGAGAUGCGCUUGGCAAUAGAGAAAGCAGGCAUCAGAAUGAACAACAGGGUGACUGAAGUGGUCGUUGCUAGAUAUGCAGAUGCCAACAUGAUCGUGGAUUUUGACAACUUCAUCAACUGUUUCCUAAGGCUCAAGGCCAUGUUUGCGUUCUUCUUAUCCAUGGACCCCAAGAAAACUGGUUCUAUUUGCCUGAAUAUAAACCAGUGGCUGCACAUAACCAUGUGGGGGUAGGGAGAUGCCGAGCCUGGCUCCCUUCAUUCUCCCUCCGCCAACGGUGCUCAGGCCGGGACGGUGAAUGCUCCUUGUCGCCCUCGUUCUCCAGUGCCCCAGGCGCAGCCCCUGCUCUGGGCUGGACGGAAACUCUAACCCCCACUCCACCCCCACACCACCCCGAGCACUCUCACACCGUAUUUUGACUAAAAAUUAGGUGGAUUCCCCUCCAUAACCGCCCCUCCCCACCAGUUUUUCUCUGGCCGAGGCAGCCUUGCAGUUUGGUGUUUCCGCACGCUGUCAACUCACAACCGCCCUCUUGUCAGAAAUUCCAUUGCCUACCACCACCACCCCCAACCCAGCGUCGUACACAUUAUUCUAAUAAAUAGGACAUGGUUAACCACCUAAUUCUU